CCCAGGGCCCGCAGCAGGCCAGCAACGCCAACAGGCCAGCUCCUCAGCCCGUGUCUGCUUUCCCUUCCUUCUCCUCCUACUCUUCUCUCCUCUCACACUCUCCAUUCUUCGUCAUCUCGCUCAUCUUGCGGAUCCUUUUCUUGUCUCUCUUCCUCCUCCUACUACUUCUGCCUCUUCCCAGAAAAAACCUCUGACCCAUACACUCGCUCACCCAAAACACGCCUCUCUUCCUCUUCCGCCCUCUCGGUUCUUUGGUUGUAAUAUUUCUCCCUCACACCCCCCAACCAGACGUUUUUGAUUCCAGCCACAUCACGCUCGUUCACCUUGCAUCCUACCAAAACUGGCGGCUCCAAGUAGUUGGGACAGCUGGGAAGUCGCCCAGGGCUACGACUCUGGCUCACGUCCCCCUUCCUUUCAAGCCCAUCAACACCAACAACCUCCUCACCCCUACAGCCACCAUCCUCGACCGACCACCUUGGCCGCCUACCCCGGGAACGACAACGCCGCCGCCGCCAUGGACGACGACACGCGCAGCAACAGUGGCAACACCCUCCGUCCCUUGUCUCAACCCGCGAUGAAUUCGAGAUUCCCUUCGCUAAGACGUCUCAACUCGACGGAACCCUACCGACAUCGGUCCCUACCUGCUGAACCCUCACCUGGCUCCGACCGCGCCAGCAGUGAGAUUACCUUCGCUGUGCUGUACGACGAUGGCCCCGACUAUCAUGUCGGCCACUAUGACGAGGAGGGAUCCAUGCAGACCGCUCGAAACGGACGCGAUUCCAUGAACUCAUAUGCUCCUUCUUUCCGCACCCGCGACUCGAGGCUGGUCAGUGACGACAAUUACCUCGAUCGAAAUCCCGACUUCGUCGCCAACCAGAGGUUACUCGCAGAAGGCUACCUCAACAGUAAUGACUCCUUUUAUGACCAGUCCGUACCGCGUUAUCCCACUCAAUCUGAAGAGACGCUCGCAAUGAAUGCACUACACAAUGGUUAUGGUCGCGACGAGAAGCGACCCCUUUCGCAACAAAUGACUCCACCAAUGGACCGUGCUCAGAGCAAACAUUCCCACGAGUCUUGGUGCACUUGUGACGAAGACCAUGGCCAUGGCCACGGUCUGGGGAUGUCGGACAGAAAGGACCCGAGCAAGUUUGACCUCGAGUCACAAAAUGCUCCCCCAACACCGACUCCGUUCCUGCCCAAGGAGAAAGGGCCUGGUGGCCCUGGAGGCCCAGGAGGUCCACCUGGCGGUGAUAACCCGUACAAGGUUCAGUUCGAAGGUCCUAAUGAUCCUCUCAAUCCGAAGAAUUGGCCAUCGAAGAAGAAGUGGGCUGUGACUGGCCUUACCGCAUCCUUCACCUUCCUCUCCCCCUUGGCUUCGUCCAUGGUUGCCCCUGCUAUCCCACAGAUCGCGAAGGACUUUGGCAUCACCAACACGAUCGAACAGCAGAUCGUUCUCUCCAUCUUCGUCUUGGCAUAUGCUAUCGGUCCAAUGUUCUUGGGUCCUCUGUCCGAACUUUACGGGCGCGUUAUCAUUCUACAGUCUUCCAACAUUAUAUUCUUGGCGUUCAACACCGCCUGUGGAUUUGCCCAGACGAAAGAACAAUUAAUGGCAUUCCGUUUCUUGUCUGGUCUUGGUGGCUCUGCUCCUCUGGCCAUUGGUGGUGGCGUGCUGGGCGAUCUCUUCAAGCCUGAAGAGCGUGGAAAGGCCAUGGGUAUUUACGCCAUGGGCCCCCUGCUCGGCCCUGCUAUCGGCCCUGUCGUUGGUGCUUGGGUCGCUGAGAAGUCAACCUGGAGAUGGAUGUUCUAUGCAAGCUCCAUUGUCAACCUGUUCAUUCUCGUCGGCGGGUUCUGGAAACUCAGAGAAACCUACGCGCCCUAUAUCCUCCACAAGAAGGCCAAACUAAUCCGCACACGAACCGGCGACAACAAAUAUCGCGCCGACGGCGAAGGCGAGGUUGACCAGCCCAUCUGGAAGAAGAUUGCCAAGACCAUGGGUCGAUCUUUUGGCAUGCUGUUCACCCAGCCUAUCGUUCAAGUCCUGGCACUCUACAUGGCAUUCUCCUAUGGUAUCCUUUACCUGGCGCUGUCGACCUAUUUUGAGCUUUUCCUCAACGUGUACCAUGAAAGUGUCGGCAUCUCUGGUCUCAACUAUCUGUCCCUGGGUCUUGGUUUCUUUAUCGGUGCCCCUGUGUGCGGCAAGUCAGGCGACAAGAUCUACCAGAAACUCAAGGCCAAAGACCCUCGCGGUAAGGGAAAGCCCGAAUAUCGAAUGCCGCUUGUCAUCCCCUUUUCACUCUUCGUACCUACUGGCCUCCUUGUAUACGGGUGGUCAGCUCAAAAUGUCACUCACUGGAUUGUCCCUAAUAUUGGCGCCUUUCUCUUCGGUAUUGGUACGAUCGCUGCUUUCCAGUGUGUCACCACGUAUCUCGUCGACUCGUACGGUCCGCUGGCAGCGUCGGCCGUAGCUGCAGUCACCAUUCUUCGAUCAUUGGCUGGUUUCGGUUUCCCUCUGUUUGCUCCUGCUAUGUACAAGGCCCUUCAAUAUGGCUGGGGUAACACCGUCCUAGCUUUGGCUGCCAUUGGUAUUGGUACUCCAAUCCCUAUUAUGCUAUGGCUCUUUGGUGAGAAACUCCGAAAGCGAAGCUCUCUCACCAUGAAAGGUCCUCCUCCUGGAAAGGGCGGUCCUGGAGGCAAAGGACCUGGAGCUCCCGGUGGUCCUCCGGGGGGUCCGAUGAAGGGACCUGGUGGUCCUGGAGGGCCUGGAAUGGGUCCAGGAGGUAUCCCAAGCGGUCCUCCACCUCCUUUCCCUGGCGGUCCAUCUAACGGUCCUCCUGGAAAGCACUAAUUACUUGACACGAAACGACCUACAAAAAAGAAAAUGAAAGUCACAGCAAGCAUUAUAUUUAAUAAUAUAAUCCACCACCCUCAUCACACAACCUUGUAUCUAUGUCAUCAUCAUCAUCAUCAUCCUACCUGUCAGAACUUUUGUUUACUAUGUCAUGAGCGGGACCGGCGUUUUAUGGUGGGCGAGAUAUUUCUUCGCCAUUGAGAAGGGUAUUCGGGACCUAUUUUUUUCUCUCUCUUGAAGGUUGAUUGCACGUCAACCUUUGCAGGCGAUAUAUGGAGAACAUACACAAAUUCCUAUGUCGUAUCAUGUUUUCUUAUGGGAUCUUGAACGAGUCGUCAGACCCUGGACUGAGACAUUGUCUAGCAGAAGAUCAGAUCCUCGUGAGAUGUUGUGGUAUGUUUGUGGGAGUGUAGCGGAGUGAACUUUUGGCUGGGAGAGGGAAUAUGGAUACUACGGGGAAAUGGGAAAUGCAGACGAGAUGAUGGAAAUUUUUCUUGUCAAUUAUUUCCUUUGAUCGUCCUAAGUUCGUCGUUAGAAUCCAGAAAAAAUUUUCAUGAUCGCAAACCAAGACAAA